GUCUGUCAUGCUCAGCAAGCGUUUCCCCUGCAGCCCGUCUGUCUGUCUGAGUGUUGUGUUGUGUGUGCAUGUGGAGGCAAAGUGUGCUGAGGGCCUUGCAACAAAGAUCCUCGACACUUUGCGUGUGCGUGAGACGGGGUGCAUGCGGGGAUGUGAACGACCCAGACAACACGGUUCACUUGCACUAAUGAGAAGGAGAUAUUUAUUUUUAAUUUAGCAGAAAGGAGCCAUCCUGUUGAGCCAGAGCAGCCUCUGCCACUCGCUUUGUUCUGCCGAAAAAAAAAAAAACCUCUUGGUUGCUUCGCGUCACUCAGUGAGCCAGUUUAAAGUUCCUCACGGCUGAGCGAAGAUGUCCACUGACUGCCAGAAGACGACCGCCACGGCCAUCCCGUCGAUGAGGAGGGUGACCAUCAACAACGCGGAUCACAUGCCCCACGACUACUCCACCACCCCCGGGGGGACCCUGUUUAGCACCACGCCUGGAGGGACCCGGAUCAUCUAUGACCGAAAGUUCCUGCUAGAGUGUCGCAGCUCUCCCUUGGCCAGGACCCCUCCUCGGGGUUUGCCCCCCAUUCCAGGGGUCACCAGUCCUCCGUCCAAGGAGCCCAAUGACAAGACCGUCAACGGGGAAGUUGAGAACAACAACUCCAUUUCUGCUCCUGACAUGAGCAAUGCUGGUGAUGACGCACAGUUUGAAAUGGACAUCUAGACGGAGCUGAACGAGUACUAAAGUGAGACAAAGAUGAUCAGGAGCACCUCUUUAUUUCAAUCGGUUUCUGAGACAACGAUUCCCCUCGUCAUCGUCACAUUGUUUCAACAUCCGCCAUCGUUCACUCUCAUUGGGUUGCUUUGUGCAGAACAAAGCUUUUCUUCUGUUUGCUUUAAGGCUCAUUUUAUUUUCCGACAGGUGAAAGUGUGCCUUCCUGUAGUGGUUGCGAGUUAAAAAUCACCACUAAAAAAAAAAAAAAAUGUCAGACCAACAAUGCCUCCUCCAUGAAUAAUGUGAGCAUCUGAAUAUACACUCAUUCCAGAAGUGCACGUCGCUCAGUGUGCUUUCAUAAUCCUGCCAGUUCUUUCUAGAUGCUGCCUUCAGAGCUUACAAAUGUUCUCCACCUAAAGUGUUACAUAAAGUACGUGAUGCUGACUUUUUUUUUUUUUUUUUUUUUUUGGAUGUUACAAAACUAUUUUCACAUGGUUUGUGGGGUGAAUAAAGGAAACACCAAUGAAA